CGCAUGGGCGAAUAAGUCAGAAUACGAGCACGAUGGGCGGACGCUCAUCCAGGUUUUCCGGCUCGUGUUAGGGAAUGCAACAGAUGGGGCAAGGUGGUCGGAGAUGUACGCGCGGUUGUGCCGCAAGAUGAUGGAGCAGAUUAGCCCGAAGGUCCAGGACGAGGGUAUCAAGAACGUGGAGGGUAAACCCAUUGCGGGUGGUCAGCUCUUCCGUAAAUAUCUCCUCAACGGGUGCCAGGAAGACUUCGAGCACGGAUGGGCUGCGAAGGAAAGCACUGCCGCGGCCGCAGCCACCAAGGCCACCGCGGACCGGGCAGCCAGGGACGCCGCUGACAAGGACGAGGAUGGCGAGACUGCACUGUAUUCAGAAGAAUACUAUGCUGCGCAGAAGGCUAAGCGGCAAGGUCUCGGUCUUAUCAAGUUCCUCGGUGAGCUGUUCAAGCUCCAGAUGCUCACGGAGCGUAUCAUGCACGAAUGUGUCAAGAAGCUCCUGGGUAACGUCGAGAAUCCCGAGGAGGAGGAGAUCGAGAGUCUGUGCAUGCUCCUCACGACCGUCGGCAAGACGCUUGACACGCCGAAGGCCCGUGCGCACAUGGAUGUCUACUUCGCGCGCAUGAAGGAAUUGACGAGGCAUCCGAACGUCAACUCGCGUAUGCAGUCCAUACUUCUCAAUCUCCUCGAGUUCCGCGAACGCAAGUGGUCACCGCGUAACCUGGCUGCCACCCCCACUACGAUUGCUGCUGUCCAUGCACGAGCCGCGAGGGAGACCGCUGCGAACCGGGCGCAUAGCAUGUCGUACAGUGGCAGCAAGCGUGACGGUGACCAUUGUGAGCUGGCGCAAGCCGAGUUUGAUGACUGGUCCUCUGUUGACAACGCCUCUCGGCGUGUGCCCGUAAAGGCGGGUGCCUUGGACAACCUCUGCGAGAUCAGAAAUACAAACUCCACAACCUUUGAUUCUACGGGUGUGUUUGCGAAGGAGAAGAACAAGCACGAAUCCUCGCCAUCGUCAUGGGGCUCGCAUUUGUUCUCGAAGGUGAUGGGGAAGCCUGAGCUCGAGGCAGAGGCUGCGAUUGCUACGCAUUCGCAGGUCGGCCUAGAUCCCGAUGGCAGGUCCGUCGCCGAAAGUACCCCUCGUCGUAUGCCCGCAAAGGCAGGCGACGUAUCUAACUUAGACAAAACCAACUCUAUGACCUGUGGUCAUACGGGUGUUCUUGUGAAGAACAUGCAUGAGACCGCAUCGCCAUCAUUUCGGGAGCUCUCGGACAUGAUGGAGGACCCAGAGCCCGCUGCAGACACUGCGAGCGCACGGACUUGGACACCCAGCCGCGAUGCCAGUGUCGACUUCGGCUCCGCUGGCGUGCCCGAUGUUCCGCCACAGCGCAGGAAGCCGAAUCUACUUCCAUGUACCUUGCCUCGGCGCGACGAGACGCUGGACUGCUCGACGCCGGAUCGACUAAUAGGCUCCAAUGCACUAUCGAUGUCUGAGGAGGCGAAGACCCGCGUUGGCGAGGACUCGAAGGAGUUCUUCAGCAUCCGCGAUCUGGACGAGGCUGAAGUGUACUUCAGCAAGCUUCCUUCAGAGCACCGAUGGCUGCUCGUGGACAAGCUUGUUACCUCUGCGAUCGAGUCAAAUGACAGCGACGCGCGGCUCGUAGGCGACUUGUUCUCUCGGGCGGUGUCGAAGGAUCUCUGUUCACCAGAGGCCUUCGAGAAGGGUUUCGCACCGACCGCCGAGAUCCUUGACGACAUUGUCAUUGACGCGCGCGGCGCCGAAGGCACUCGACCUGAUGGCUGACAUGAUAAAGGGCGCGCAGCUUGACGAGGAGCGAUGGACCCGGCUUGUGAGCAAGUCUAUGG